AUGACAAAAUUCAUACCAAAUGGUCAAGUUAGUGGGAAUCAUCUAAGUAAAUUAGAAACAACUGCUGAAAAAUCAAUUGGUAAAGAAAUUAAUCUUGUUAAUGGUAAAGAUUUCAAUCAUUUAGAUUUGGUUAUUGAAGCUAAAAAUAAUAGAUUAAAAUCAGAAUUCUUUUAUAUAUAUGAUUAUGAAAAAUUUAAUAAUUGUUCACUUUUAAAAGAAAAUUUUGAUGUUUUAUCAAGUGGUCAAAUAACUCAUAAUUCUUCAAGAUAUGUUAUUCAUUACUUAACUAUGGAAUUGAAAAAAAGAUUAAAAGAAAUAAGAUCAAAUGUUAAUGCUACAAAGCAAGAAUUAAAUAUGAUUUAUGAUGUUUUUAAACCAAGUUUAGGUCAAUUUGAUGAUAAAGAUAUUAUAGAUGCUAAUGAUUUUAUUAGAUCUUUAUUUCCAUAUGAAGGUUGUUCAUUUACUGGUGAAAAAUUAGAAAAAUUAAUUGCUCAAUCAAAUUGGAUCACUUUGAUUUUAUCUUUAAGAAUUGUUUGGUCAUUAUUACCAAAUGCUAUUUUACCUUGGAAAUCUUUCCAUAAAUUUAAUGAAUCUGAAAAAAGAUCAAAUUUUACAAAUAAACAAUCAUUUUAUCAAGUUUUACCAACUUUUUUACCUUCACAUAAUCAUGCUUGUGUCUUAUUUGAAUUUUUAGAAGUUUUGUUAUACAUUUUUUCAGAUAAUUAUUUCUUAGAUUUAAAUCAUUCAGUUGAUUUAAUCUUUACUGCUGGUCAAAUUUGUUUUAAUAGAGAUGAAUUUAAACCUUCCAAAAGUCAAAAUGAUGAUGAUUUAAAUGAAUUACAAUCAUUCUAUUAUAAAAGAGGUUAUUCAUUUUAUCAAAUUUUCAUUUCUUAUUUAAGAUCUUUAGCUGAAGAAGCUUCAUUUAAUGAUAAAGUUCUUUUAGAAACUUUUAAAAUUCAUGAAUAUCCACCAUCUCCAUAUAAACCUGUUACUCAAAAGGCAUUAACUUUAACUGUUCCAGCUGAUGAAGAUUUAGAAGAAACAAAUUAUUUUAAAUUAAUUUCAAAUGCUUCAAAUGCAACUUCAAGAAUUUAUUCAUCAAAUCAUACUUUUACAAAAUUUGAAAAUAAAUUUUUAGAUAAAUUUGAAAUUAACCCACAUAAAAUUAUUGAACAUUUCUUCUCUAAAUCAUCAAAAAAUUAUUUAUUAAAAUUUGAUAAAAAUUUAAAUUUUGAAAAUUUUAAAGUUGGUAAUGAUAUUAAUGAAUUUAGAAAAAAUUUAAAAAAUGGUACUUUAUUUGAAAAUAAAGAAUUAAUUUCAACAUUUAUUAAUGAUUUUAGUAGAUAUGGAUUUGAAGGUAAUAAUAAUGCUGCUAAUCAAAAUGAAUCAUUUGUUGCAGAUACUAUCAAUUUUAAUUUCAAUUCCAAGAUGGAAAAUGUUGAUAAUAAUCCUGUUAGAGUUUCUAAAUUAGAAAUUAGUGAAUGGUUUAUUAAUGCAUGGAAAUAUGAAACUUUCUUAGGUUAUUUACAAAACACUGUUAUUUUAAAAUUAACUAAAACUAUUGGUGAUUGUGAUUGGUUAAUUAUUACUUCAAAUGAAAAAGUUAGUGCUAAUAAUCGUUAUUUAACUCCACCAAGUUCUGCUGAAACUGCUAUUGAUAAUCAAAAAGAAAAAGAAUUAAGUCAAUUUGGCCAAAGAAACUCAGAUGAUAGUCAAGCUCCAAUUCAAUCAUCAAAUAAUUCAUCUAUAACUUCACCAAAUUUACCUAAAAAGGAAUUAUUACCAGCUUUAUCAACUAGAAGAAUGAAAUCUCCAAAAAAUGGUGAAUAUAAAACUCAAUCUUCAAUCCCACCAACUAGAUCACCACAAAAGAAAAAAUCUCCAAAGAAGAAUGCAUUGAAAAACAUUUCACAUCCAAGUCCACCAAGAGAUAUUUCACAUUUUGAAAAACAAAAUCCUGAUAAUUUUGAAGGUUCAGGUUCUCCAAAUGCUAUGAAAUCACCAUUACCAAUUAUGAAAGAUUUACCAAAACCUAAAAAUUUUGAAUCACCAGUUAAACAACAAUCAAUUGAUGGUCAAACAUUACCAGAUAAUGAAUUAAAAUCUCCAAUGGCUGAAAUUAUUGAUGUUCAUGCUGAUGCUCAAUCUCAAGAUAGUGAUUUAAGUGAAAGUUAUUAUGAUGAUGAUUAUUAUUCAAAUUCGAACAAUAAUGAUCAAUUCCCAUUACAAGCUCCUGGGAAAUUAAAUGAAGGUGAUGCAACUCCAGGUACAAAUGCUACACCAUUGACUAAUGCAAGCUCUUCAACAAUUAAUUCACCAUCACCAUCAGCAACUUCUUAUGCAUCUGCUAAAUCAAGUAAAGAGGAUAUUGUUUCACCAAAACCAAUUGAUAAAGAUUUACCAGAGAUCAAAGCUUCAAAUGCUAGUAAUGCUUCAUCAUCAUCUGCACCAGUACCAAGUAUUGCUGUUAGAGCUUCUGUUGCAUCAGGUCCACCAGUUGCACAAACUAUUGAACAUCCAAUUAAACCACAAGCUCCAAAACCUCUUCAACAACAACAAGCACCACUUGCAACUCCAUUAGAUCAAACUUUUUUCCCACCACCAUCAGGAAUCAAAAAUGAUAAAUUAUCUUCAACUCCACCUCAACAAUUAUCAAAAAAUAAUGUUAAUCCUCCACCAAUUUUCAAAGAUAGUCAUAAUACUGAUUCAUUAAAUUCAAAUACUUCAAAAGCUAUGUUAAGUCAAUUAGAUUUGAAUAAACCAACUGGUCCAUACCCAAGAUCUUUCAAUUCACCAAAUGGAUUUGGUCAACCUUUACCAAAAUCACCAGUUGGUUCACCUGCUAGAUUUAAUACUGGUCCUGUUGUUCAAGGUGGUGCUCUUCGUUCUCCAAAACCUCAUCCAUAUCAACAAUUCCAACAUCAAAGUCCUCAAAAACAAUCAAAUACUUUUAGAAAUUCAAGUGCACCAGCUCCACAACAAUUACAACCACCAAGAGGACCAGGUGUUCCAAAAAAUUAUGUUCCAAAUUCUCCAGGUUCAAGAAGUUCAAGUGCACCAAAUCAAUUACCACCUCCACCUUCAAAUGGAAUUUCAAAUGCUCCAAGACAACAAUUUGCUACACCACCAAAUAAACCAAUUGAUAAAUUUCCCAGUAUGCCAUCACCACAAUUCAACUUCACAAAACCAUUGAGUCAACCAAGUUCACCAAAUUCAAUUACUCCAAAUAAUAAUAGUAAUGAAGCUUUAAAUCAAUCAAAUGGUAAAUCUAGAAGAUUUUCAAAAUUAGCAGUUGCAACUAAAGAUGUUCAAUCACAAAUUAAACAAUUUUCUCAAUCAAAUUCACCAAUUGGUCAAGCGUUCCCAAAAUUUUUCAAAAAAGCAUCAAGUGAAAAUUUAAAAGGAAUUUCAAAUUCAACUUCAUCAAAUUCUUUAGCCCAUAUUAAUGAUGGUUCUGGUCCUGAUAAAAAAACUGGUUCUUUAUUAAUCAAUAAUCCAGAAUUAGAAAUUAGAAAUAUUGAUUCAAUUCCAGAAAUUCCAUAUACACCAAGAGCUUUAAGAGAUCAAGCAUCAUCUAAUGGUAGUGAUUUAGAAUCAAAUAGACAAGGUUCAUCAUCAAGUUUAAAUUCUAAUUCUAAAAAUCAAAAUGAAGAUUUAAAAAAAGAAAUUGAAGAUGAUUCAAAUUCUGAUUUUAAUAAAUUAAUUAAUCAAAAUAGACAAAGUUUUACAGGUGAAACAAGUUCAGCUAAUAUAAGUUCUUACUCAAAUUCAAAUUCAAAUAAAUCUUUACCUGAUUUAAUUGAAUCAAAUGAAGGUGAAGUUGAAGGUGAUUCAACUGUUCAAUCCAAAAAUGAUCAUUUAAAAAUUGAACAAAAUUUAGAUGGUUUAUUAGAAGAAAUUAAAGAAAGUUUAGGAUCUGAAGAAUCUGAAAAAUUUUUCAGUACAGAUGAUUUAUCAACAACAAAACCACAAAUCAAUUCAAAUUGA